AUGGCAAAUGAUCAAGUAAUCGCAAUCAACGAUUCAGUUCACAACCUUCAGCUCGUGUUGCACGACAGUAUCAACGAUCAGAAACAGCUCUUCAUGGUGGGGACAUUAAUAUCGCGAUCAGACUACGAGGACAUCAUCACAGAACAAACCAUCGCUAAGCUCUGUGGUUAUCAUCUCUGCCGAGGAUCCCUCCCUUUCGAGAGUGUUCUCGAAGACUUUGCAAGAGGGUCGUACAUACGUACAAAUUCUCCAAAGAAACACGAGGAACCGUCUUUUGGGGAGAUUGGUUUCAGUAGCGCAGUUAUUGUUUCUAAUGAGUGUAGUGUUUUAAAGCUUCCACCACAGAGAAAACACACUUCUCCAAUUGGGGAAUCUGAGAAAGGUGAUGGGGAAGUUUUGAAAGAACAAACUGCAGUUUCUCCUGUACAGAAACAAUCGAGAUCCUCUUCUGCGUCUAAGACGAAGGAUUUGAAGCUUCCAACACAAUACAAGGAAGCUUCUCAUUCAUGGGGACCAGGCAAAGAGAAAACAACCGUUCUUCCAAGAAAAAAAACAAGGUUGAGGAAAAAACCAGAAAAUUUGGGAAAGAAGGUUAUAUCUGUUGAAUCCCAUGCUUAUUCUUGUGAAGAUGGUGGGCAAAUACUUAUAGCUGAAUCCUACAAGGGACUUAAUAUUCAUCAGGAUAUGCGUUCCUCAUCAAGUAAAACCGUCGCUAAUUCAUGCCUUAAAGUUUCUGGCUCUACAAAGCUUAGUCGUCUGUUACUUGAGCCGAUCAGAAUGAUGGCCAUGGUGAUCUUUUUUUGGCUAGAAGCAAAGAUAUCAAAUCAGGAUGUCAAUAGUGUAUCACGCCUUGCACUAGCAGAAGCCUGUGCUAUGACAUUGUGCCAGGCUGCCAAAGCUGUUUCUUCAGGAGAUUUAAAUGCAUUUGAUGCCGCUACGAAUACUGGAAUCGUUGUGUUACCAAGUACCCAUCAACUCGAGGAAGAGGUUUCCGAUGCAAAAAUUGAGGAAGAUAUGGCUGAACAAGAAUCAACUCUUCUGAAGUGGCCAAAUGAGCCUGGAAUGCCAGAUUUUGAUUUGUUCGACCCUGAUCAGUCUUGGUUUGAAGGACCUACCAUAGGCUUCUCUCUAACUGUAAGUCCAUUGAUUAGCGUGGGAGAAGGGAUAUCCUCAGAGAUCAAGGAGACAAUUGGUGGGUGUCUUGCAAGAUCUUUACCUAAAGUCGCCUCUGAUCUCAUGCUUCCAAUACCGAUAUCUGAUUUGGAACUGGGACUGCUUGGUUCGAAAAAGCAAGCGUUUCUGGUGCCAUGGCGCCAAGCGCCACAUGGCGCGGACCUCAACGCUUAG